UUUUACUGAAAUAUUCCAGCCUUUGCAUCGUUAGACUGCAGACGGAAAACCAAAUUCAUUCGCAGAGAAGAAAGAGAGAGAGAGAGAGAGAGAGAGAGAGAGAGAGAGAAGCGGAUGGGUCUGCUUUCUAAUAGGAUCGUCAAGGAGAGCCUGAAGCCAGGGGAUCAUAUAUACUCGUGGAGGACUGCAUAUAUAUAUGCGCAUCACGGAAUCUAUAUUGGGGAUGAUAAAGUAAUUCAUUUUACCAGACGCGGUCAAGAAGUAGGAACAGGAACAGUGCUUGAUCUCCUCUUGACUAGCUCAGGACCAGCGAACACUCAAGUGCCUUGCCCCACUUGCACUAUGCAGCGAGAGGGACACGGGGUUAUCCUCUCAUGCUUGAAUUGCUUCCUUGCUGGAGGUGUCUUGUAUCGCUUUGAGUAUGAUGUCAGCCCUGCUUUAUUUCUUGCAAAAGCACGUGGUGGAACUUGUACUCUUGCAGUUUCAGACCCAAAUGAUAUUGUGGUACACCGGGCAAAAUUCCUGCUUGAGAAUGGCUUUGGGUGUUAUAAUGUGUUUAAGAACAAUUGUGAAGAUUUUGCUAUUUAUUGCAAAACCGGACUCCUUGUUGUAGAUCAAGGAACAAUGGGACAGAGUGGCCAAGCAGCAUCCAUUGUCGGGGGCCCUCUUGCAGCUGUUCUAUCUACACCAUUGCGUCUUGUCACCACCAAUGUCUAUGGGAUGGCUGCAACAGCUGUUGGAGUUUACUGUGUUAGCAGAUAUGCUGCUGAUAUUGGCAAGAGGAGGGAUGUGCUGAAGGUCUCAGUGGAGGAUCUGACAAGGAGGCUGGCCACAGGCUCACUCCAGGUGGUCGAAAAUCAAAUUUUAGCUAGACCAAUCUAAGAGAAUCGAUUGUUUGACAUCAAAUAAAUAUUUGAAGCUUCUCUUUAUUCUAUUUAUCUAGUGAAUAAUUGGUUUGGAUUGGGACUAUGAUUACACAGCACGAGCUGCAUCUUUGUUAUGUGACAUCAUGUAGCUUUAUCUACAUGUUUUAUGUGAUGUUGUAAUGUGCAAGGAUUGUUGGUCUUCUAAGUAAAAAAAUUAUAUUUAUCA